AUGGUCAGUCAGGAGCAAGCUACCAGCGCACUUGACGAGCGUGUGGAAGUGCUCGAAGCCAAUUAUCAAGAUUUAUCGAGGUACGCCAGCCAGCUCCAAACCAAACUACUGGAUUUAGAAGCACGGUCUCGCAGACAUAACAUCAAGAUUGUUGGUAUAAAGGAAGACUCAGAAAAAGGAAACCCGACUGACUUUGUUUCCAAACUUCUUCCUGAGCUGCUGGGGGAACGACACUUUCCCUCUCCAUUAAAAGUCGACCGUGCGCAUCGCUCACUGCAACCUAAACCAGCGGCGGGUGACAAGCCACGCACCAUCAUGGGUUGCAUUCAUCAUUUUACGCCUGAGUAG